AAAAGUGUCAAAAGUGAAAACAAAUGGUAUAUUUUUAAUUGUUAAUUUUGAUUUAAUAUCCUUAAUCAUCCUUUUUUCUAUCUGAUAUUUCAUUUAAUCAAAGAUGACUUCCUUCCCGGGAAGUAUCGCCUUCGAUGAAUAUGGGCGUCCUUUUAUUAUUCUCAGGGAUCAAGAGAAUCAGAAAAGAUUGACCGGAGUCGAUGCACUCAAGUCUCAUAUACUUGCCGCACGGCAAAUUGCCCAUACAAUCAGUACAUCUUUGGGGCCCAAAGGUUUGGACAAAAUGAUGGUCUCUCCAGAUGGUGAAGUGACAGUAACAAAUGAUGGUGCUACUAUUUUGAAAAUGAUGGAUGUUGAACAUGAAGUUGCUAAACUGUUGGUGCAGUUGUCACAGUCACAAGAUGAUGAAAUUGGUGAUGGUACCACUGGUGUUGUAGUCUUGGCUGGAGCUCUGCUUGAACAAGCAGGCGCUUUAUUGGAUCGUGGUAUUCAUCCCAUCAGAAUAGCGGACGGAUUUGAAUUGGCCUGUCAAACUGCCGUAGCCCAUUUGGAAAAGAUUGCAGAACUUUUCCCAAUGUCUGUUGACAAUAAAGAACCUCUCAUUAAGGUAGCAAUGACUACCUUGGGCUCAAAGAUUAUUAACAAGUGUCACAAACAGAUGGCGGAAAUCGCAGUUGAUGCUGUUCUGGCUGUUGCCGAUUUGGAAACUAAGGAUGUCAAUUUCGAGUUGAUCAAAGUUGAAGGAAAGGUUGGUGGAAAACUAGAAGACAGCUGUCUAGUUAGAGGAGUAGUAAUAGAUAAAACGAUGUCCCAUCCACAAAUGCCCAAAGUACUGAAAGAUGUUAAGUUGGCAAUCCUCACCUGCCCGUUUGAACCACCAAAACCCAAAACGAAGCACAAGUUAGACGUUGACAGUGUAGAAGCAUACAAGGAAUUGAGGGAAUAUGAAGCAGAAAAAUUCAAGGAAAUUGUUGGAUUAGUGAAAAAUGCUGGGGCUACUUUAGCUAUUUGUCAGUGGGGCUUUGAUGAUGAGGCAAAUCAUUUAUUACUACAACAAGAAUUGCCGGCAGUUAGAUGGGUGGGCGGCCCCGAAAUCGAACUGAUCGCCAUAGCGACGGGCGGGCGCAUCGUGCCGCGCUUCGAAGAGCUCAGCCCCGAGAAGCUCGGCAGCGCCGGCUUGGUGAGAGAGAUCUCGUUCGGCACCACCAAGGACAAGAUGCUGGUCAUCGAGGAGUGCUCGAACUCGCGUGCCGUCACCAUCCUCGUUCGGGGUGGCAACCAGAUGCUGGUGGCCGAGGCGAAGAGGAGUCUGCACGACGCCUUGUGCGUCAUCAGGAGUUUGGUGCAGGAGCCCAGAGUCGUCUAUGGCGGCGGCGCUGCCGAAAUAGCUUGCUGUUUGGCAGUGGCGGCGCAGGCCGAUCAGCUGGCCUCGUUGGAGCAGUACGCCUACAGAGCGUUCGCAGAAGCCCUAGAAAGUAUUCCCUUGGCGCUGGCAGAAAACAGCGGGCUGCCUGCCGUCCAUUAUCUCGGAGAAGUCAAGGCCAAACAAGCAGCCACAGGCGAUCCAGCCUUCGGCAUCGACUGCAUGGCGACCGGUAACAUGAACAUGCGCGAUCAGCACGUCAUCGAAUCUCUCAGGUCAAAAAGGCAACAAUUGCUGUUGGCCACCCAGCUGGUUAAGAUGAUAUUGAAGAUCGACGAUGUCCGUCAGCCGAACUAACCGUUUCCGUACUUACGACUGAAAUUUUGAUACGUUCAUCAAGUCGCACUAAAGCUUGUUUCACAUUAAUUAUGUCGAGUGUAUCGAGGUUGAAUAGGGAAUUUCAGCUAGUGUUGAGAGAGAAAAAAUAAUGCUUCCCAUUCUGUCCUUGACUUCAGGAUUCC